GAUGGGGGUGAAGAAUUUUGAAGCUUGGGAUUAUGUUGUGUUUGCAGGCCUCUUCGUGAUAUCCUCUGGAAUUGGUGUGUUCUUUGCCAUCAAGGAGAGGAAAAAAGCAACGUCUCGGGAAUUUUUAAUUGGAGGAAGGCAAAUGAGCUUUGGCCCUGUAGCCUUGUCUCUGACAGCCAGCUUCAUGUCAGCUGUCACUGUCUUGGGGACUCCUGCUGAAGUCUACCGCUUUGGGGCAUCCUUCUUCCUUUUCCUCAUUGCGUACCUGUUUGUGGUGUUCUUCACAUCUGAGCUCUUUCUUCCUGUAUUCUACAGAUCUGGCAUCACAAGCACCUAUGAGUACCUACAGCUACGAUUCAACAAACCAGUUCGCUAUGCAGCAACUGUCAUCUACAUUGUGCAGACGAUUCUCUACACAGGCGUUGUGGUCUACGCCCCUGCUCUGGCUCUCAAUCAAGUGACUGGGUUUAAUCUCUGGGCCUCUGUAUUUGCAACAGGAAUCGUUUGCACUUUCUACUGUAGCUUGGGAGGAUUAAAAGCAGUGGUGUGGACAGAUGCAUUUCAAAUGGUUGUCAUGAUUGUGGGCUUCUUAACCGUUCUCAUUCAAGGAUCAAAUUAUGCUGGUGGCUUCCACAACGUAUUAGAACAAGCAAGGAAUGGAUCCCGGCUACAUGUGGUCGACUUUGAUGCAGAUCCUCUUAGAAGGCAUACUUUUUGGACAAUUACAGUAGGUGGAACUUUUACUUGGCUUGGAAUCUAUGGAGUUAACCAAUCAACCAUCCAGAGAUGCAUCUCUUGCAAAACAGAAAAGCAUGCUAAGCUUGCCCUGUACUUCAACUUGUUGGGUCUCUGGAUCAUUGGGGUGUGUGCCAUCUUCUCUGGCCUCAUCAUGUACUCCUACUUCAAAGACUGUGACCCUUGGACUUCUGGUGAUGUUUCAGCACCAGACCAGCUGAUGCCAUACUUUGUCAUGGAGAUUUUUACUACUAUGCCAGGGCUGCCAGGACUUUUUGUGGCUUGUGCCUUUAGUGGAACUCUGAGCACAGUGGCUGCCAGCAUCAAUGCUUUAGCAACAGUGACCUUUGAGGAUUUUGUCAAGAGCUGUUUUCCACAUCUCUCUGACAAGCUGAGUACCUGGAUCAGUAAAGGCUUAUGUCUCUUUUUUGGUAUUGUGUGUACCUCUAUGGCUGUGCUUGCAUCCUUCAUGGGGAGUGUUGUACAGGCUGCCCUCAGCAUCCUAGGCAUGUGUGGGGGACCAAUGCUAGGUUUAUUCACUUUGGGAAUCGUGUUUCCUUUUGUAAACUGGAAGGGAGCACUAGGAGGCCUCCUUACUGGAAUCGUGUUGUCAUUUUGGGUUGGCAUCGGAGCUUUCAUUUACCCUGCACCAGCCUAUAAGACAUUACCUUUACCUCUAUCAACAGACCAGUGUGUCCAACCAAAUAUAACAACAACAACAAUAGCAACAACAACAGUAGCUCCACAGAUUUCCAGCAGACCUGUCCUAGCUGACACCUGGUACUCAAUCUCCUACCUUUACUUCAGUGCUGUGGGAUGCCUGGGAUGCAUGGCUGCUGGAAUAAUCAUCAGUUUCCUCACAGGCAAGCAAAGAGGCAAAGACAUCGACCCACUUUUAAUAAGACCAGUUUGCAAUUUAUUUUGCUUUUGGUCUAAGAAAUACAAAACUCUGUGCUGGUGUGGAGUUCAGCACGACCAGGAAAUAGAGCAGGACAACCUUGACGGUGGUGGUGCCUGGAAACAAGGGGUUGAAUCUGCCCUACAGAAUGGACUCAAGCAAGAAAGUGUGGCCCAGAUUCCAGGCUACAACCCCAAAGACAAAAGCUACAGCAAUAGUGCACAGGAGAAGACUACUCAUUUCUAGGAUAAUACAUGCAACUGAUAAUAUACUCACACACGUGUCACUUCUUCUUGUUGUAGCCUUGAGUACAGAUCCUUCUCAGAAAGGAUGCCCAAUACCUAUUCAU